AUGCCGAUGGUGGCCAUAACCAUGGAUAUCCGGGCCCCGGGCCAUGGAUCCUCACAUCACCACCACGCCAUCAACUCGAUCUCGACAUCAUUAGUCCCUUUGGAUCCGGGACCUGAUCCACUGCAGCUCCCUGCCGGGAGUCCGGCCCUGUGCCAGGCAGCAUAUCCAGGAACUUUGUCGCUGCACAACUACCGCAAACAGCUGUCGGACGGAGACUCGUUCCUCGAGAACCACGAGGGGAAGUCCCUGAGACGAAGAAACGCUGCGUUUCCUCUCAGCCAGCACCCCAUGCAUCCGCAGCACUCCGUCCAUCCAUUCUCGGUGUCCUCCAUGCAAUCGAGCCCUCCCCCGCUGUCUCCGUCUUACUCCCCCAGCGCCGCGAGUGCACAGGGACCAGAGAGCCUCCAUGGCUUCGUAUUGUCCCCCAAUGUGGAAGUCUACUCGUCGGACAAUCCUAUAUAUUCCAAGCAAAAUCCCCACAAGCUGCUGGAUACCUUCCGUGACAGAUUGGAGAAAUAUCCAGAUCCAAACUCAGACAUGACGGGCUCCCACCACAAGCACACCAGGACCCGCUCCGACUCCAUUCUGUUGAACAUGAAGAGACCAACCGCGACUAUAUUUGAUCAUGGCACUUCGUUUGAGAUCCUCAACCCGCAUGACUCGCUGAACGUCGCCAGAAUCGUCUCCUUCAUUGAAGACGUCGACCGUGACUCGACUGGAAACCAUCGCGAGUCGUAUAUAGAAGUCACCAACGACACGCUCAUCAUCGCGGGAGAGGAGCCCCCGCAGAACCCCGUCUUCGCGGAAGCAACCCCGGAGAAGGACGAAACGCAAGUGCGUCAGGAGAUUGUGGGCGAUUCACCGCACCGACCCAUGCCGUCUAUUUCGGAACUUCUCGAAACGAAGGACUCCGACGACGUGGCGGGGUCGAGCCAUUCCCCCUCACCGAGAUACACCCAGAAACGGCCCAUCCCCCUCCGACCCCGUGCGUGGACGGAUGACAGCGAUCUCGGGGAGCCAGGGUCGCCCAUCCGCGACGACGGAGAGUAUCCCUCGCCCAUGUCGUUCCCCGUCUCCCUCUCCACCCCCUCGCCGUUCUCCAUGGACGGAAACUCGCCAAUCCCGCACGCAGCCGCGUUCUAUGACAUCAACUACUGGCACGGGGUCUCCGGAUACGAGCACGGACAGGGAUUCCCCCAUCCCCUGUAUUCCAACCCGCCCUCCCCUUACGCAAUGCCGUCUCCCUUCCUGCCCCAACAGCCGGCUCAGGACAUGCGCAUCCACCACAACAUCUCCAAGCAGUCCCUCAACCAUCUCCGCAAAGGCAGCAAGUCGGGGUCCGGGUCGGGGCCAUUCAAGCCCUUUCGUCGACUCUACAAUGCUUUUUGCAAGAAACGCCGGUGA